UGGCGUGCGGCCGACGAUCAGCCAGGUCGUCAGGUAUGGGCCAAUGAAGAUAAGGUUGUAUUUUUUUUUCGCGAUUACGGUAACUGAGCGCAGUGUCGGCGCCACGACGAUAGUCCAUUCGUACGUCCGCCGGCAGCCCGGCUCGCACGUCUGUCGCAGUUGGCUCGAUACACGCUGCCGCGUUAUCACUACUCUACCAUCAAUGGUGUUUGUGGAUAUCAUUACAGAACUUCGGCAACAGAACCAGUAUUGGGCGAAACAUCACUGCCAGAAUGGACAAAGAUCACGCUUUAGAGGAAAUGAUGGGGAAGCUGGGAGACUUCGGGCGGUACCAAUGCUUCCAAUUCGUGCUGCAUAUUCUCGCAGCAUUGACUGCCGGCAUGCAUAUGCUCUCCUUGGUCACAAUUGCUGCCGUACCGGAACAUAGGUGCGCCUUACAUGGAGUGGAUAUGGGAAAUUUUACAGAAUUAUGGAAUUCAUCAUUAGUAUUGAGCGCUAUACCGCUAAACGAACAUGGGAAAUUAGAUUCUUGUAAGAUGUACGGAGAAAAUAAAACUCUCGAAGAAUGCAACUCCUGGGUAUAUGAUACGCAAUAUUAUACAUCAUCUCGCGGUAUAGAGUGGAAUUUAGUCUGCAGUAGGCGCUGGAUGGGUGCGACAGCACAAACCGCUUAUAUGUUUGGUGUCGUAGUGGGCUCUCUUGUUCUUGGUAGAUUAUCUGAUAAGUUUGGACGAAAAACAGCUUACGUGUGGGCUGGUGUUUUACAGCUUGUAUUUGGCAUAUCUGUUGCAUUCUCGACAGACUAUUAUACAUUUAUUGUAUUACGUUUUCUGUAUGGAAUCUUUGGAUCAGGCUCAUAUAUAGCUGGAUUCGUAUUAACAAUGGAACUAGUAGGUCCAAGCAAGCGCACAAUAUGUGGCGUAGUCUUUCAAAUUAUGUUUGCGGUGGGAAUUAUGUUGCUGGCCGCUUGGGGAUAUCUAAUAGACAAUAGAUUCUACUUGCAAAUCUUAUACGCUUUACACGCAGCAAUAUUGCUUCCUCAUUGGAUUUUAAUGGAUGAAUCCCCGCGGUGGCUCUGGUCCCAAGGUCGCGCACGUGAAUCUGUCUCCAUUGUAGAAAAAGCAUUAAAAAUGAAUAGAUCAAAUGAAACAUUAGAUACUCCUGCAUUAGUGUCACACUGUAAAGCAACAUGUGCAAAAUACACCGAUGAACAUUCUGCUGGUACUAUAGAUCUCUUGAAAACGCCUAAUAUGUUGAAGAAAACUUUGAUAAUAUGUGGUUGUUGGUUUGCUAAUUCUGUAGUGUAUUAUGGUUUAUCCCUUAACACAGGAAAACUAAAUGGAAAUCCUUACUUCAUAAUUUUUUUAAUGGGUAUAGUGGAACUUCCGAGUUAUGUUAUAAUAAUGUAUUUUUUAGAUAGAGUUGGCCACAGAGCAUUAAUUAGUACAAUGAUGUUAUUAGGUGGGCUCUCGUGUUUAAUAGUGGUUGCGUUGCCUCAUGGAUCUUCCUCUACUACUGGUGUGGUAAUGGUAGGGAAACUUUUUAUAUCUGGUUCAUAUUCUAUCAUUUAUAAAUACUCGGCCGAACUUUUUCCUACUGUGGUUCGUAGUUCAGGAGUAGGACUUGGAAGUAUGUGCGCUAGCGUGUCAGGCGCACUUACUCCUCUAAUUAGUUUACUCGACACACUAAAUCCUAAAAUUCCUACCAUCAUAUUUGGAUUUUUAGCAUUAAUAUCAGGAUUUUCUACAUUUUUAUUGCCGGAAACAAUAGGGAGAAAUCUUCCGCAAUCUCUUGAGGAUGGAGAAAAAUUUGGAGUCGGUGAUACAUGUUUCACGAAUUGCAGGGGUCGUCGAAUGAGUAAUGAAUCAAUUGAUCUGCCAGAAACAAUGGUACCACUGGAAACAAUUGAAAAAAAUUAUGAUGUAAAAGUCAAGGUACCCAAGUAAUAAGUGUGCAAAUAUAAGUAGUACACUGUACACUAUGAAAACAUGUAAGCAAGGUUAUAAUCAUAAAAUUUAUAUAAAGUUUUAUAUAUUUACAAUCUCGAUUGUCAAUAUAAUUUUAAUCUAUUUUUUGUUAAGUGAAUAUUUUUCUAUUUUAUUUUAUUUUUUUAAAUAACUUUAUUGACCAAAAUAAAAAAAAAGGUGCAAAAGGCGGACUUAAUGCUAGUAGCAUUCUGUACUAGUCAACCUUUACCAGUCAAAUUUUAUUGUUUUUCUGCCAGUUACAUGCACAUGGUAAAUGAAAUUGUAACUAACAAUAAGCGAGAAAAAUAAGUAGGUAGCACUUAAUAAGACUAGGAGAGAAGCAAAGAAAAAUAUUAUAUAGAUAUGUUUAUUCUACAGGACAUAUAAAGUAGGUACAAUUAAUACAGGGAAAAUGUUGUCUUAACACUGUAAUCGUCACUUAGGCACUUAAGUAUGUAAGUACCAUGUUAAUAUUUAAGACCUUAAUAGUAACUGUUAUAAUAUUGUUAAAUUUUAUUAGGUAAUAGAGGAAAAGUUAUUUUACUCCUUACUUCUAAUGGUAAUAUAGUAGAUACCACUUUAUCUUAAUUAACUAGUGUAGUAUAUAGUGUAAGUUUAUGUGAGCAAAUUUUAUAUUUUUCGUGAUACUAGAUAAAUAAAAAUCUAGUCAAGUUUUAUAAAUAGAUUAUAUUUAUAUUAUGACUAUUUCUCAUUACGUUUGAUAUGUAUAAAAUAUCGCAACUGCAAUAAUAUUUUUGAUUUCUUUUUUCUUUCAAGUCAUUACAUUAUGAACAAUAAAACAUCUACAGAUUAUAUUGUAUAAAUUUCUAGUAAACUAAUAUUUUUAACAAUUUCAUGUGUGUAAUGUAUACGUGUUUAAAAAUAUGGGAAUUUAUAAGAAGCUCUAUCUUUCUUUAUAACAUAUUCUAUAUUACGUAUAACAGAGUCUAUAUUAAGUAUUCAUAUACAGGUGAAAUCAAAAUCAUUAGCUUUACGUCUGAUUAACAAUAUAUCCAUGCUACUCUAACUUACUACUAAUAUGCUAUCCUAACAGUUGGACGCGCCGUAGUAUUCAAUUUCACUGAUAAAACGUUCCAUUGAAAGAAUGCUAACGAUUUCCAUUACAGCCUGUAUAAUUAUAUACAUAAUAAAAAUAAAUACAUAUAAAUACAAUAGCCAGAAGGGCAUGAAAAAUAAAAUAAUGGCUAAGCUUAGUCGAUUUCAAAACAAGUAAAUAGACAAAAUGCUCUCAUAUAUCCUUGCAUUGAGACUGACUCACGACAAUUGUAACUCUGUAGGAGAGACCGGGGAUAGUUGAUCAAAUUUUAUCUUGGACAUUAUUGUUUUUUUUUAUUUUAGUGUAGACUAACUAUACCCCGCGGCUUCAGUACAUAAAGUAUUAUAUAUACUAAGUUAGGAUAUAACCUACCUGUGUGCUAAAUUUAAUUUAAAUCAGUUCAGUAAUUUUUGCCUGAAUGAGUAACAAAUAUCCAUCCAUCGUUACAAACUUUCGCAUUUAUAAUAUUAAUAGAAUUAUUGUAAAAACAAGUACAUCUAAUAGGUACACUUAAGCUAAGAAAAUCAAUGACAAAAAUUCUCAAUAAAUCAUGAUAUAGUGUACAAAUUGAUUUCAUAGAAUAUGAUAUAUGAGUCAACCUACCCCAUGCCUGAGGUUGGUUAACUUGUCACUGAGACAUAUAGAAUAGAAGAUACCACAAAUAUUUGUAUUUAGUUUUUAUUUAUUGAAAUAAAUUUAUCAAUUGAAAUAAAUAAACUUUAAAUUUUACAAACAAUCAGAUAUUUAAACAUAUGACAAAUAAAAUACUUAACGUAUUAUUCAUAAAAUAUAUGAAACAAUUCAAUCCUAAGCUUCAAUCAUUUGGUAACAACAGACAUAACUAAUUAUCUAAUGAGGCAACAUUUUGGAAUGUCUAGUUUCUUGCCGUUAAUUAACCAACUCUAUAGUACACCCUCCCGGUCUCCCCUAUACAAAUUACUUAUUUUAGUAGUAAUAAUAAUAGUUUUUUGUAUUGUUUAAACCAUUCAUAAAAAUAAAAUAAAUAAUAUAUAAACAUUA